CAGAGCCUCCCCCCCUUCUUCUUCUUCUCAGUCUUCUUCGUCGUCUUCCUGGUCAGUAGGUGAGCGUCUUUUUGGUUGGGAUCAAAACAGAGAUCACGCUGACGUCCGGGCUGCAGGGUGUGAAGCACAAGAACCGCCAUCAUGUCUGAGGGAAAGAAAAUGACGUCCAGCCGCAGGCAUCAUCUGAAGAGUUUGAUGCUGUCGAUCGCUGCCAGCUGGAUCGAGCAGGAGAAGAAGGACAUCGAGGCGGCGAAGGAGGCCUACAUGGGGGAAAACUGUCCCGCUCCAGACCUCAGCGGAGACAUGGCCGCCCUCACGGAAAUCUGCAAGAAGCUCCACGCCGCCAUCGACAAGGUCGACGAUGAGAGGUACGACGCCGAGGCUAAAGUGCAAAAGGCCGACAAAGAGAUUGAGGACUUGAAGCUGAAGGUGGUGGACCUCGCCGGUGUGAAGAAACCCGCCCUGAAGAAAGUACGUAUGUCUGCCGACACCAUGCUGCAGGCUCUGCUGGGCUCCAAACACAAGGUGACCAUGGACCUGAGGGCCAACCUGAAGCAGGUCAAGAAGGAGACCAAGGAGGAGUCCACAGAAGCCGUGGGAGACUGGCGUAAGAACAUUGAGGACAAGGCCGACAGGAAGAAGAUGUUCGAGACUUCCUAAAGGUUUACAGCGACGGCGAGGAGGACAGCGGGGGGGAGAGACGUCUCCGUCUGAGGUCUGAGUGACUAAAAGUUGCAGCGGGACGCGCAGGGACGAGGAUUUAGACGCUUUUUUGCUGAUUUUUUUGGCUGGUUUUUGUGACACGGUCGUCACCGAGGGAGACUGGACUGAAACAAACGUAAGGUCGACAUGUACGCUAAUUUAAAAAAAAAAUCCAACCUUCACCUCAUCACGUACAGCUUCUCAUGGAGUUAGUAGAAA